CAGAAACGUCGUACGAUUGAUGCCUCCGGUUUCCAGUCGGACCGCAUAUUCUGUUGCACAGAAACGUCUUCAGGCAUGGGAGUUUGGUGAGACAGAAAUUCCAAAGUGAAAACCAUGGAGAACAUAACAGAUGGGAAAUGGAACAGCUUACCCGUGAAGCUUCAUGACGGCAUGUCAUCGACUCUGAAAAAACUGGGAUUUACUUAUAUGACUCCAGUUCAGUCUGCCUGCAUCCCUCUGUUUAUGAACAACAAAGAUGUUGCUGCUGAAGCGGUGACUGGUAGUGGGAAAACUCUUGCUUUUGUAAUCCCUGUCCUAGAGAUUCUUUUAAAACGUGAAGAAAAGCUGAAGAAAAUGCAAGUUGGUGCUUUGAUCAUCACACCAACACGAGAACUGGCAAUACAGAUUAGUGAAGUUAUGGGCCAAUUUCUUGAAGAGUUUCCUCAGUUCAGACAGAUUCUUUUGAUUGGUGGAAGCAACCCCAUUGAAGAUGUAGAGAAGUUCAAGACUCAUGGUGCAAACAUCAUGAUUGGAACACCUGGGCGGCUGGAGGAUAUGUUCAGGAGGAAAGCUGAUGGGCUUGACCUGGCUAGCUGUGUGAAGGCUUUGGAUGUAUUAGUUCUAGAUGAGGCAGACAGGUUACUGGACAUGGGCUUUGAAGCAAGUCUGAAUACUAUCUUAGGGUAUUUGCCCAAGCAGAGGCGCACAGGACUUUUCUCAGCCACACAGACUCAGGAGCUGGAGAAGCUGGUGAGGGCUGGCCUCCGCAACCCUGUUCGCAUCACUGUGAAAGAGAAAGGCGUUGCAGCUUCUAGUGUACAGAAGACCCCGGCGAGACUGAGUAAUUACUACACAAUCUGUAGAACAGAAGAUAAGUUUAACACACUGGUGGCCUUUCUGAGACAACACAAGCAUGAGAAGCAGCUUGUCUUUUUCAGCACAUGUGCUUGCGUAGAGUAUUUUGGCAAAGCCCUGGAAGUCUUGGUCAAAAAUGUCACGGUUCUUUGCAUCCACGGCAAGAUGAAGGACAAGCGAAACAAAAUCUUCUCCGAGUUUCGGGAGCUGAGGAGUGGGAUACUUGUUUGCACUGAUGUGAUGGCAAGAGGCAUUGACAUUCCAGAUGUUAACUGGGUGCUCCAGUAUGACCCACCUAGCAGCGCAAGUUCCUUCGUGCAUCGGUGUGGCCGAACCGCUCGUAUUGGGAACCGAGGCAGCGCACUAGUCUUUCUGCUCCCGAUGGAGGAAUCUUAUGUUAAUUUCUUGUCUAUAAAUCAAAAAUGUCCGCUCCAGCUAUAUCCUCCUGUGAAGGAUGUGGUGGACAUAUUGCCAAAAUUGAAGGCUCUGGCGCUUGGAGACAGGGCCGUGUUUGAGAGAGGCAUGAGGGCGUUUGUCUCUUACGUCCAGGCCUACGCUAAACAUGAAUGCAGCCUUAUAUUCCGGAUCAAAGACCUGGACUUUGCAUCUUUAGCUCGAGGCUUUGCUCUUCUUCGCAUGCCCAAGAUGCCUGAGUUGAGAGGCAAGAUCUUCCCAGACUUCGAAGAGGUGACAGACACAGACUUAAUCCGCUUUAAGGACAAGAACCGAGAGAAACAGAGGCAAAAGAUGUUACAACAGCAAAAGGAGAAAGAAAAGGAGGCACUACCCAGGAAGAACUUUGCCAAGAACGAAGCCUGGUCCAAACAGAAAUCCAAAAAGGACAAGAGGAGAAAGAUUGCUGCCAAACGGAAGUUCAAUGAGGGAUCAGAUAUGGACGACGAAGACAUGAACGAGCUUUUGAAUGACACGCGUCUACUGAAGAAGCUCAAGAAGGGAAAAAUCACAGAGGAGGACUUUGAUAAGCACAUGAGUGCAAGGGGGAGUUCAAAAAAUAAAAGAGCAGGACCCUCUCAUGAGUCUAGCUCAGAAGCAGAGGAUGAAUGAAGUGUAUUGUAACCUCUGGUUUUAAAUAAACAUGAACUGUUCCAGAAUUCUCCACACUGCAGACUCUCAUAGACAGUUUUUUAAAUUAUAAAAAUGCUGUAUCAGCAUAGGGCCUGAAUCAGUCAGGUUUAUUAAGAUUAUGCAUAUGUUAUUGUUACUUCUGGGUACCAUUAUUGUGUAUUGUAUUGUGCACAAUAGUCACAGAUUUCUGUAUGUGAGGAGGGUAGAUUACAGUCUCUAAGAUUGGCAUAUUGAAUUAAACAAGUCUUUUAAGUGUAUGGAUUAAGAUGUGAUCUUGUUCCUUCUAAAAAAAAAAAAAAAAAAAAAAAAAAAGCUUUGCUUUGUUGUGGCCUCAAAGACACUGGGCCUCAGCCACCAACCUCACUUAAGAAAUUUCCUCUUAAAACCCACUUAAGUAGUGUGCUGACAUUCCCGAAUGUUUUCUUUAUGUGGGAUUUGUUCUGAGGUAAGAACAGAAUCUACACACACCCAAGAGCGCAAAGUUCUGUGGUUUAAGAAUGUGUUAUGAAUGUAAUGUAAACUUUCUCCUAGGACCUUUCUUAAGAACAAAUUUAAGAUAAUCAUUUGUUUUGGUGAAUAUGACCAGUUGAAGUUCAAGAUUAAAACAGUAAAAUGCCCUCCAUGACCCAUUUGCAUGCAUCCCAGCAGGGGUGAGAAAUACUUGAGUAAUGUGUGCUUCCUUCCUAUACUAAAAUAUUAUUUUAGAAGAUUUCUAUUUUAUUUGAAUAUUAUUGAAAACUUGUACUUUUACUCCAUUUCUAAGAGGAAAAACAUACUUUUUACUUGUAAUUUCACCUACUCUUUCCAAAUACUUGUUACAAACUUCAAAAGCCAGGAAAUUUUUCUUUCUUUUGCCCAUCAAUUGUUCUUUAAACCACCAACCAAAUUCUUAUCAUUGCAAAAUGAAACUGCUCACAAUUAUGCUAAUUUGUCUUUGUGAGAGAACCAGUACAACUGACUAGUCACUGCAUUGCACCCUCCAGAAAAUGUACUUGUUAUUCAAGUACAUGUACAUUUUUGGCUCUAUAAUUCCAUAUCUGUGGAAAAUAUUGGCAAAAUAUUGCUAUUUCUUUGUAUUUCUCUACUUCUUUCUUCUGAGCUCCCUGAUGUUAAAAUAUGUAGGAACAGAUAUCUUUCUGCUGUUUGUUGUAAUCUCUUUAUGUUGUACAUGGUUUUUUAUUCAGCCUGAUUUCCAAAAAGUUUGGACACUGCAAAAUGUAAAUAAAACAAUGCAUUGGUGUGCAAAUCAA